CAGACCAUUGACUUUUUCGCUGUUUUUGCCUACGAGAGCAUUUGGACAAAGGACCAGAUUCAGUUCUUUUGUCCACCGGCUCCAGGAUCCCCUGUAACUGUCCACAGAGUGGGACCUGGAGCUCUGGGACGCCCGGAGAGCCCGCUGUGUGACGUGUGCGCCGCGUGUUCUCCGGCGAAGGGAGUCCCGACCCGGCGAGCUGUUGACAGCUGAGCCGCUCCGCUCCGCUCUCCCUCCACGCAGUGGAACAGGAAAUGAACGCAGACGCAGACAGACGGGCUGAGACCUGCACACACGCCAAGCAGCCGCGCGCACGGACAAACACGGCACUUUGGCGCUGAAACGCAAGCAAAGCGAGGGGCUUUGGACAUGUAAGCAGGCGAAGGAGGGAGACGGACCCCAAAGCGGGAUGACGCUGGUGCUGCUCGGCUCAGGACGCUCCACAAGGUGUAGGACAACCCUUGUGGAGCCCAGAUAGCUUCUCUGCGCUAAAGGCUCGGGCUCGAGGCGCUAUGGCAGACGGACCAGACGAAGAGCUGGUGCUCGUGCAGUUUGAGUAUGAGUACAGAGCCCGCGAUGGCGCCCUUGUGUCCAUCAAGCCCAACGAGCGCUUCCUCCUGCUGUCCAGGACGAACGAGCACUGGUGGCACGUGCGUCGCGACCGCAGCACCAAGCCCUUCUACGUCCCGGCCAAGUACGUGAAGGAGCUCCCGCCCGAUGCUCCCCGGCCACUCGGGGGCGCGCCGGCGGAAGGCCGCCGGAGCCCGGACCCUCCGAAGGAACCCGCAGGGCCCCUGGACCGGUGGGCCGGCACCGUGACGAUCCGGGUUCACCCGCCGGCGAAUUGCUGCGACAAGGCCCCCGAAGUCCGAAUGUCCACUUUCGGCAUCCCUCAGGAGCUCUGCUGGCCGCCACGCCUCCGCGCCGACUCUCUGGUAGCCCGGCACACAUACGACAGCGAGAGCAGGGUGUCGUCCUCCAAAGACAGCUCGAACUGCAUCAAGAGGCACAGCUUGGCUGCCAGUGUUGAGCUGAGCUCCUGCACUGUGCCGGACAACAGACAGAACCUGUCCCAGAAGCCCCGUCUGCUCGGUUCCGGUCUCCCAGACCCGGCGAGAAAGCCGACAAGGGCGAAGCCGGUUGAAGCUGCCGGCACUAAGAGCGCCGAGCGAAAGGCCGACGUGGAACCGCCAGAAGCGCCCAAGGAGCAGAGGAGGCAUUCGGACGCCACACAGGUCCCCGAGAACGUUUACGAAACUAUCGAGGACGUGACAGACAGACCCAGGAACUCUCUGGGUUCUGCCCCGGAUUCUCUCCCGGCUCCUGUUUCCAUUCCUGCUCUGGUUGUCACUCUGGCUCCGGCUCUGGCUCUGGCCCCGGCCCCGGCUCCGGCUACACUUCCAGGAUCGGUUCCAGCUCCAGGUCCAGGUCCAUCACCAGCCCCAGAUGAUCCAGGCCCCCAACCUGCACAGGCUCACAGCAGCAGUCCCAGUCCCAGCGACACCAUUUACGUGAACGUAGCGGAGCUGCGCGAAGGCCUCGAGCAGUUGCCCCCCCCGCCCUCUCCCUCACCCUCGCCCUCGCCCUCGCCCUUGCCCUUGCCCUCGCCCUCGCCCCCCCACCCUUCGCUGGACCUCGACGGGUGGGAGACUCACACUGACCAGGAGAGCGGGCGAGACUAUUACUACCACCCUGGCACGGGAAGGAGCACCUGGGAGCCGCCCUUCAGCUGCCCUGCAGACCAGGAGCUGCCCCCGGAGCCUCUCUCGUCCCCGUCGCCCUCCCCCUCGCCGCUGCUGUCGCCCACGGACUCCGACUGGGAGCAGCUGCUUGAUGAGAGCAGCGGCCGCCACUAUUUCUACAACCACGUGUCUGGAGAGACGACCUGGGAGCCUCCAGAGCAGUUCUGCAUUCCGUCCCGCAUGGACGCGCAGGACACGCGGCGGCUGAGGGACGACGGCGCGCCCCCGCUCCCUGAGGAGGACUACCCUGCGGACAGCCAGGACGAACCUGGCGCACUCGUCUCCUUCCCCAGGCAGCAGAACUACUCCCACGUGAAGCGGGUCACGAUCCCCCGUGCCAGCCUGGACAGCAGUGCUCCGGGGGGCUGGACCCGCUCCAUGGACAUGGACGGCACAUGGGUUUUCACCAAUGACGUCACACACGAGCAGUGGGUCCAGUCGCUGGACGACAGGGGACAGACCUACUAUUACUUGAAAGACGGCUCCAGAUCUCAGUGGCACCUGCCGGAGGUUCCGGUGCCUUCGGGCAAGCCGAGGGUGGGCAACGGGCUCAACCAGGAGGGCGUCUCGGUGCCCCGGAGCUGGCGACACACCAUGGGCCCGACCCAGCUGAGCUCCUCGCACGAUGACCUGCACAAGUUCCUUUCGGCUCACAAGACGAGGGUCUCUGAUUAUGGCAGCGACGCGUCCAGCUGCAGCAACUCCCCCGAGCUGCAGCAUCACGCCGACGGGUUCCGGCAUCGCAGGAACCUCUCCGGCCAGAGCUGCGAGUCUCAGCAACACAGCGUUUUGGAAAAAGCUGGAAUUCUCAACAAAACUAAGGUCUGCGAGAACGGGAAAAAAGUGAGGAAAAACUGGAGCCAGUCCUGGACCGUGCUCCAUGGUGGAGUUCUGACGUUCCACAAAGACCCCAAGUCAACUGCAGCGGGAGCUUCGAAUAAAACGAACCAGAUAGUCCCAGAAUUUACCGUGGAACUACGAGGGGCGACCAUUGGAUGGGCCUCCAAAGACAAGUCUAGCAAGAAGAAUGUCCUUGAGCUGAAAACGCGAACCGGGGCCGAGUUUCUGAUACAGUACGACACAGACAGCAUCAUCAACGACUGGCACAAAGUGAUCACAGACACCAUUCGGCAGCUGGAGCAGCCCUGUGAAGAGGAGGGUGGGGAGCCUAUGAGGAGGGCCUCCACCAGGCCAGGCACCCUGGGAUCAGACCCAGAGCAGAAGAAGGUGCGCACCAAGCUCCUCAAGUUCCUCCAGAAGCGGCCCACACUGCAGUCAGUCAAGGAGAAGGGCUACAUCCGAGACAGCGUGUUUGGAUGUGCACUGAGCACACUGUGCGCCCUGGAGAGAACAACCAUCCCCAGCUUCGUGGAGAAGUGCGUCAGCGCAGUGGAGAGGAGAGGGCUGGACAUCGACGGGAUCUAUCGGGUCAGCGGCAACCUGGCGGUCAUUCAGAAACUGCGCUACAAGGCAGAUCAUGAGGAGCUGGACCUGGAGGACGGGCAGUGGGAGGACGUCCAUGUCAUCACCGGUGCCCUGAAGCUCUUCUUCCGAGAGCUGCCCGAACCGCUGUUUCCCUACAGCCACUUCAACAACUUCAUCGCAGCCAUCAAAAUAAGCGACUACGGCCAGAAAGUGUCCUACAUGCGUGACCUCGUGAAGUCUCUCCCUCAGCCCAAUCACGACACGAUGGAGCUGCUCUUCCGACAUCUACGCAGGGUCAUCGAGUACGGAGAGGAGAACCGCAUGACGGUGCAGAACGUGGCCAUCGUCUUUGGCCCCACGCUGCUGAGACCCGAGACCGAGUCGGCCAACAUCACCAUGCACAUGGUCUUCCAGAACCAGAUCGUGGAGCUCAUCCUCAACGAGUACGAGCAGAUCUUCUGUGAGGACUGAGAUCCUGCCACGGGACAGAGCGAAGCCCAUCUCGAACUUCCCGAGGACGACGGCCACGUUCGGCCUUUGACAGCUGGAGCAGAGACGCUCGAGGAAAGCGGCGGGGGGUCCACCUUCUUGUGGAGGACGAUGGCAGUAGCCGGGCCAGUUGACUCGUUUCUCCUUUCAUUUGUUGCUUAUUUUGUUUCAUUUAAAUUCAGGCCUCGGGUGCGAAAGCAUGACGCCGCGCAACCUGUCCAACGCCCCGUCCCCUACCUCUCUCCACCGGCCACGUUUGAGUGCCGCAGGGUGCACUUGGAAAGCACUAAAGGGGUACUUCAAACAAGAUAUACAGAAGUGUCGGGGACACCCUGUGACCGGACGUCUGAGGACGGCCCAAGGAGCUGCGACACUGUAGAGCCCUUUAGCAGAAAGUAGCUUCAGCAUUUUUAUUUCUUGAGAAUGUUUUCAAGGCACGCAAAAUACAUUUCCUCCGAGCUGCAGAGUAGCUUACGACGCCUCUGUUUUUACAGCACAGUAACUAUAGCGAAGAGAUGCUUGUCUGUGAGACAAAGGGAUGUACAAACGAUAUGUAACUAUCUCAGCCUUUCUGUAAAUGUCGAAGCAGUUGUACAGUAACGGUAAAUGUGAACCUUAGAUACUUUUCUACCGCAGCGCUCGGUCUUUACACGGUUUACGCAUUGUAUCGGUGAACGCACACUUUAGCUGUACAUUUUCAGGGACUUGUAGCAUUAACUUCAUACUGAAAGUAAAACCAGCUUUCUGCCACUGUACAUAAAGAGGAUCUCUGCCUUGUAAAUGACCCAUAAUGCACCUCUGUCCUUUUAAUAAAUGACUGUAAAGUUGCUACAAGCGUGGGAUGAGCGUGUCCGUGUUUGUACGGGUGCCGUUGCUCCGAAGUGCUGCCCGAGGCAGGAGCCGGGUUCCGCGCGGGACCCCGGGAGACAGAGAGAGGGACAGAGACGGUGUUCUCGCAGUCCACCGCUGCUGGACGGGCGGACGUGCUGAAGGUUCCGGAACCGAACCGAAGCCCCCGAGCUCGGCAGAGCGGGAAGGGGACGCAGCGGGGCCUCCUUCUCCAGGUGGAGGCGGGAGUCCUGCGUGGGACACAGCCCGAGCCCGUGGACGGCACACGCCGCCGCAUGCGAUGUUCACGUUUCGCUCGCAAACGUGACAGACAUGUCCUCGCCUUUUGUUCGUGUACGCACGUGCAUCGGCCUACAUUGCAAAGGUACGCCAUAGCCAUCCCUAUUUCAGCUACACCCUGCAAUUAACUAACUCGUGAAUUAAUGUUUCUGUUAAAACACACACACACUUUCAGAACCACGUGUCCCA